AUAAAUAAACAAUAAAAUGAAUUAAAGGAGGUUCCAGUUGGUGAGAUGGCUCCAUAUUAAUAAUAAUAUUAAUAAUAAUUCCGCUCUGUCUGUGUGAAUAUCUGCAGGAUGCUGCAGGCAGACAUGAUGUGGAGUCAGAACACAGAGGUUAUUGUUCCCCCUCCUCACAUCACAGUGGAGCAGCCCGCUGGAGCAACAGGAAAACAGCUUCCUCCUCCUCCUCCUCCUCCGAGGAUCACAGCAGCCCCCUGCCCGGCUUUAAAAGCAGGCUGCAACCUCAUCACAUAACACCCCUCCUCCUCCUCCUCCUCCUCCUCUUCCUCCGCCGCCCUCCACCCUUCCUCCUCCCCUCCGUCCUCCUCCUCGGCUCUUGCAGGAGAGCAGAGGAGCGUCACCGUCGGGCUCCAGGACGCGUCCAGGCGGAUCUCCUCCGGAUUAAUUCUGCGCUGUUUGGAGCUGGUUAAAACCAAACAGGAGGAAGGUUUCUCUCCAGCCAUGCAGAAGGUGGAGGGACGGGUAACCCCAGUCAACCUGCCUCCUUCCAGGGGUUCAAGCACCCCGGGGUCUCCCGCCACUGGCAUCACGGCCCGAGUGAACGACCAGGUGGUGGGCUACAGAGACCUGGCAGCUCUGCCGAAAGAUAAAGCCAUCCUGCAGGUUGAGAGACCGGACCUGAUGACCUACAAACCACACCUGAGCUUCUCCCCACUCGACCCUCCACGCAGAGAACGGUCUCUGUCUCCUCCCGCCACGUCUCCAACCAUGUCUCCUGAGGUGAAGGCUCGCAGGGCAGAAAGUGAGAGUGGUUCUCCUGGAGGAUCGAUGAUGCAACUGCAGGCUGCACGCAAGAUCAGCGCCAGCCAGCAGCAUUUUCACAGACCAGAUAAUGGAUCCAACAUCUACAGGAAACCUCCCAUCUACAAACAAGAUGUUAACAAACAUCUGGAAGGCGUCAUUAAGUCAGCAAAGUUUCCAGCAGCUCAGCCUCCAGACCCAAACCAGCCGUCCAAGAUUGAGACCGAGUACUGGCCCUGCCCCCCCUCACUGGCUGCCAUGGAGAUCGAGUGGAGGAGGAAGAAGAAGGAGCUGCAGGAGGAAGACGAGUUUGAAGACCUGACGAACGAGGCUGAGAUGCUGCGGGAGCAAGAGCUGGAAAAGAUCAAGUCCAACCUGGGUCGUCUGAUCCUGAAGGAGGAGAAGGAGAAGGCCGUUCACUUUCGGAGGAAGACACAGUCGCUGCCCGACAGAACGCACCUGCACACCAGUUUGUCAGCGAGUGCUUCAAAGUCCCCUUCACACUCAGGACCAGGUCUGACCCGAAUGCAGUCUGCAGAGUUCUCCACAGAUAAAGGACAACAAGCUGCUCAGAACGGAGACACUCGCAGGGAGAGGAUGGACAGAGGAAACUCUCUGCCAAGUAUCCUGGAGCAGAAGAUCUAUCCCUAUGAAGCUCUGAUUGUGACCCACAGAGGGCGCUGUAAGCUGCCACCAGGAGUCGACCGCACUCGACUGGAGAGGCAUCUGUCUCCGGAGCAGUUUGAGGAGAUUUUCGGGAUGCCGAUGGCCGAGUUCGACCGCCUCUCUCUGUGGAGACGAAAUGAACUGAAGAAGAAAGCCUCACUUUUCUAACAGGAAGUGACCUCAUUACUCUUCAAAUACUUGAUGAACCGCCUGCUUUGCGAGGAGGGGGAGGAGGAGCCCAUCAAAUAUCAACAAACAUCUAACUAACCAAUCACGUCCCUGGAUGUGUGUGUGAGGAUCAGAGUGGACUGAAGGCUGGCCCUGAUUAACCCUUUAUUACUCUGACUAACUUUAACUGAUGCACUGACACUCAGACAUAUUACCUGUGCUGCACUUAUAAUCACCACUGCUUGCAAACCAUCAUCAUCAUCAUCAUCAUGUGUCCACUCAUCAUCAUCAUCAUCAUCAUCAUACAGUUUGUUUCAGAGCUGCAGCAGUCUGCGUCAGGACGUUAGUAUCGAACUCUUCUGGUGUCAUGAAGCUGGGUCUCUUUUAACCGCGGUAGAUCACCGUGGUAACCAUGGUGACGCAGGGCUAAUUAACUCUGGAAUAAUGUCAGAAAUCAUUCCUACAGGAUCCUGACAGGGACAAAAGUCACGAGUUUAAAACAAAGUGACGCUUUUUAACAUAUAUCAGAACAAUUACUGCCAUGACGGGUCGGAUCACGUCAGACUAAAAAUGAAUGAUUAUUAAUUAUAGUUUGUUAAUUAUGUUAAAGGAGAACUUCAUGAUUUUUCAAUCUGGACCCUGUUUUUUUCAUCUUUUGUGUCUGAGAAAUUAGAGUCCAGGUUGAAAACUACAGAAGUUACCGUUUAAGUUUCUUUAUUUGUUUAAUGUUUAACUUUGACAUUGAGCAGAUUUCGGACAUUAUUAAUGAAUAACACUGAUUUCCCACCAGGUGUCUGCAGCUAAAACUGAAAUUUGACCCUGAAAGUUUCACCAUCUUAGUUUAGAGUGUUGCUAACAUGCUAGCAUGCUAACAUUAGCUAAUUAUCAGUGAACACAGCUGAGGCUGAUCAAUGUCAUCAGUUCUGCAGGUAUUUGGUCAUAAACCAAAGUAUUGGACAUGUUAACAUGUUGAAUUGAUGAUGGCGCUAAAUUAAUGACGAACCACAUUUCAUCAUCAUCUAUCCAAUAAUGAAUAAAUAAAUAAAAAAAUUAAAAUGCCUUUAUUUUGCACAGCACUGUAGAUUAAAAAGACCAAACAACAACAAAUAUUUGAAUUAAACUAAAUUAUUCAAAACAGCAGUCAAAAUUCCAUAAAAUAUUUUACAUAUAUUUUAUUAAUUUUAUAAUUUUACUCUUCAUUUUUGGUAUUAUUUCUAUAAUUAUUUGUUUGUAUUGAUUUAUUUAACCACCAAAUUGAAAUUAAAUAAAUUUUGGCAGUUUUAUUUUUAAUGUUUCUUCUUCUUCACCUCUAGUUGUGAUUUUGUUUUUUCAAAGAUGAAAAUUAAUUUUUGCUGCAGCAGUGAGCCAGUUUUCUGAUCAGGUGUCUUUGUUUUAUCUUAAUACUAUGCUAUUAAUUUUAUUAUUAUUUUAAAAGCAUUUUUAUUAUUUAAAUAUGGUUUUAGAAUAAUAACAUUAUUACAUUUUAUUUUAUUAAUUAUUUAAAAUAAAAAAUAAAUAUUUUAUUUUAUUGUUUUUAUUUUAAAAUAUUUUAUUUUUGGAACAUUUUAAUUUAGUAUAAAUAAUAAUUUUGUCUCUUCCAUGAGACCAGUUGAGUUGUGGCUCAGUGAACUGGACCAGUUUAAACCAGCUCCAUGACACCAGUUAACGACUUCCUGAUUCAGUCGUCUGAUGUUUCUGCUUUAACUUGAACGACAGUCGACUCGUGACGAGCUGCUGUCUCGUAUUAACAGAUUGUAAUAUCUAUUUAUUAUGUGGAGCUUUUUUUUAUUUAUUUAAAGAUUGUAAUUUUUACUGUGACGUUUGAUUUUAAAAAUAUUUUUGCUGUACAGUUGUUUUUUUUAAGGACUUUCUUCCUCGCUUUAACUCGCUGCCAACAUUUCCCCACCACCACCUACCUUCAUUUUAAAGGAGCAGUUCGUACUAAUCAACAUGGUAGCGUCUUUACUGGAUUGUGUCUCGAGGUAGAAAAACGUCUCUGCCGCCGUCUUCACACUCUGUGUCCGUCCUUCAUGCUUUCUUCUGGAAACGCCUCCACGCCAUCCGGUCCUCAUUGUUUCUGUUGUACAAUGUAAAGAGUCAAUAAAUCUGAGAAAAACAGAC